AUGCACCAGUGGCUCGGUCCCAACGUCAUCAACGCCAACAACGAGUUCGCCGAACAGUACGAGAAGCACUUGCGGAAGAUGACGUCAUCGGGCCACGGGUUGAGAGAUGGAGGAGGGGGCUACUCAUCACGAAGAAAAACCUACGAGCGUUCAAAACUUACUCCCGAAAUUAAUCGUCCAAUGAGGACGUCCGAAUCGACGACCUCAGCUUCUUCUCGUCCGGGCUCACGCAUUGACAUUUCUGUUGACGAAAGGUCCAGAUCCAGUGGAAUGUCGCAACGCAUGUCAUCUCAGCAGCCACAACAACUUCCUCAUCAUCCACAGCAGCAUCAACAUCCCGGUUCAUAUUCGUCUCCUUACUUACUACAGAACGAAAGCCUGUGGCCUUCUACGAUAAGACAACAACAACUGAAAGAAGAACGAAUGUAUUACGAACAAAAACAAAUUUACAGCAGCAGCAACAACAGCAAACAGCAGCAGCAACAGAUCCCGAAAUUAACUGCAUCGCCAUCUGCAUCGAGACAGCCUCCUGCGAAACAUCAAAACGCUCCUCACCCAUUCCAAAUUGAACAGCUCAUCAGCAAGAACAACUCCAGCGGCAACAACAACAACAAACAUCAACAAAACAUGUCAGCAUCUUAUCAACAACCGCAACAGCAUCAAGACAUGAGGCAGGCCAUGAAAAGAGAAUCUUCAUCUCCAAGCAGAAAUUCCACGAAACCGAAAAAGCCAAAACAUGAAAAGUUUAUAAGAUCUCAAGAAACACAUCCAUCUUUUCUACAGCAGCAGCAACAACAACAACAGUCACAUUAUCAGAUGAAAUCGUCAUCAUCACCUCUCCAACAGAAAGAAUCGUACCCGGCAAGUUUGAAAGAGCACCGCCAGUUACAGACCAACAAACAACCUGACCUAAGCGAACUCAUGCCUGCGUACGGUGACAGUUUCAAAAGUUUCGUGGACCAAGCGGUGCAGAAGGCCUUCCAACAGGAUAUGGAGUACGACGUGCCUGAGUAUGGGAAAGGCAAGCCCAGCAUAUUCAACAUACUUGAUCACUGCAACUACUUGGCUAGCGAGGGUUGCAACAGUAUUUUUGGCAACAACAACAACAACAACAGCCACAACAAUGAUAACAACAGCAGCAGCAACAAAAACAACUACAAUGUUAACAGGAAUCGAAAUUAUAGCGCAUUCGACGCUGUAAAUAGCGACAGUCGAAACGAAGGUACUAAAAAAUUGAAAUUGGAACAGUAUAACUCAGCUGAUGGGUCGUUCAAUAAGUCGAGAGAGCCAGUGCACAAAAUCAAAUCUUCAUCUUCGUUGUCAUCAUCUUCAUCAUCCAGGGAUCCAAACUACGAUUCAAAAUACGAGCUGUUUGAUUCGUACGCCAGACCGACGAUGGCCCAUUCACAGCAGCAGCAGCAGCAACAACAUUACCAACAACAAAUGACAACCCAACAACAACAACAACAAAAUUUCAGUAAACACAAAUCAGAUGAUUAUACAAAAUUUUCACAGCCGCCUCUCGCUUACCAUCAACAACAAUUCAAGAAUAUGGACGCGUCCUCAUCAUCCUUGCUUGCUUUCGAUUACUCUAAACAGACUGUCAUGUCGGCUGAUGAUAGAAAAAUGACGUCAUCAUCACCGACAAAUUUGAAUAAAAAUCAUCUCAAAAGAUGUAGCGCAGAACUUGACAUCAACAAAAGUUGGCCACACGUGACAUCCGUUGUCGCCACUACAACAACGACAAUCACGACGACCACCGCAAUUACUUCACUAGAAUCCUCAUUCGUUCCCUCAUCGCACUCAUCAUCGUCGUCGUCAUCUUACAUGUCAUCUACGUCAUUAUCGUCGUCGUUAUCUCAAAUGAAUAUCCAGCCAUCAAUCAGCAGCACCACUACACCACCAACAACAGCAACAACGGCAACUAAUCCCGAGGUCAACAUCAAAACAGAGAUCAAACGACACAUACCCAGCCCUCUUGAUCCCAAAGAAGUUUCAGCAUUGAAUUCCACAGGGAUGGACACGGAUAGCGACACGGUCAGCAGCCCUGCGAUUUCCGUUUGCGAUCAGAACAACAUUUGUUGUGGUGGAGCCGCAGGUGCUGCUGGCGGUAACAGUGGCGGGGGUAGCCACCACAAGUUCAAGAAAGCCCUUCUUAGGAGAUUUGCCGACGAGGGAGAUAGAAAACCCGAAGACGACCAGCCACAACAACAACAGCCUACGAAUAAAAAUAAGUAUUUCAAUAACGCCAAAAGCGGCCACAACGACAGCAGUAGCAGCAGUAGCGGGUGUAUCGACGGUUCCAACAACGCUGUUUUAGAUAAGCCGGAUUACAACAACAACAAACAAAACAAACCAUUUAAAAAUAACACAAAUGCCCCUAAAUUAGAGAAUAAGUCUGGAUCAAAUACAACAACAGCAGCAGCAACAACAACUGCUGCUGCUACUGCUACUACUACGUCUAACAUUAAUAAUAACAAUAGUAAUAACACUACUUCAACGAUAUCCGAUCAUAAAAUGAUAGCAGAGAAGAUUAAAAAUGAUGACGAUGAAGACGACGACGAUGACGAAAAGCAGCCCGUAAGCCCUCCGAUGCCCAACCUUGACCUCGAGAACCAAUCAGAUAACGUCAUCAGGGCACCGUCGUCUUCGUCAUCAUCCUCAUCAUCUAAUAAUACUCAGGAGGCCAUUUAUGAUUUUGGCUCUACCUGCCCCCAGUCCGACUGCGAAACGAAGCUUAUGGAUAGGUACCAACAGCAGAAGAGUUUUUCCAAAGCUAGAAAAUCCGAAGCGUUGCAGUCGAAACCGCUGAACAGCAUCUCACAAGUGAAAAGGAAAAAGAUGAAGGUCCCAUUUCUGCAAGACGGCUCGUGCUUCAACCUAGCCUCAAAACUGCCAAAAUGCCGCGAAUGUAAGGUGAGCCGAAGAAACACCGACCAGAUAAAUAUCUUCUGCAGAUUCUACGCCUUCAGAAAACUGCAGUACUCAGCGAAGGGUCUGCUUGCGGUUAGCGGCUUCUCGAAGCCAGUGGACGCAGAGGCAGACGACAUCGAACUGUGGAUGCCGAUCUCGGUGGCUUGCACGGCAGACGAUAAGGAGCAAGCGAGAUACGUGGUGUCGUGCAUUGGAGACUGCUUCAACGAACUUAUCAAUAGGGAGAACACGGCUGUACCAGCUGUUCUCAACUCGGUGGAGAAUCCUUCAUGGAAGCGACCGAUCCAGGGCGUUCGCGAGAUGUGUGACGUGUGUGAAGCCGUCCUCUUCGACAUGCACUGGGUUUGCAACAAAUGUGGAUUUGCGGUGUGCACCGGUUGUUUCAGCAACAGGACCUCCCAUCCAGAAAUGGACACGUCCGAUUGGUUGACUUGCAGCAUCAACAAACAACCGCACGAACUCGACUCCCUCAUGUUAACUCAAAUCAUUCCAAGCGACGUUCGUAAAGUCAUCUACAGAAUUUUCAAGGAAACCUGUUCAAAGAACAAAAUAAACUUAUCCGAUUAUCACAAUAGUUUAAAAAGUCAAUCCGAGUCUGAAAGCUUGAGCAGUGGCGAUGCAUCAGACAACUGCAGCGAUCAUACUUCGUCUUUUGAGUUGAAAACUGAAAAAAAUGUCUGCAAGGAAGAUUACGAAGAAGAGAGCGAAGCGCCGAAACAGGAUGCACCCUUGAGGCACCUUCCCGUCUCAUUCGAGUACGCGAGGGGCGGCCACCUCUCCCCCGACGAAAUGGACAGAUUCAAAUGCAGAUGGAGGCAAUCAGAACCUGUCGUAUUCACCAACUGCUACAUCGACUCCGACCUCUGGAAUCCUGACAACUUGUCUCUUGAGUUCGGUCAUUUGAAGAUGGACAUCAUCGAGUCGCCAUCAGGGCAAAUCUUGAACAACCAAUCCAUGGAAAAGUAUUGGAAUGCCUUCGCCGUGCCAAUUCAGUCGUCGUCGUCGUCGUCGUUAUCUUCAUCCUCCUCAGGUAAUGCAUCCCGCGGACGCAAUUCAAAUCACCUCGCCGUCUCACACAGAUUGAAGGAGUGGAUUUUUUCGGAUGUCAAUGACAGGGCCCGCAGUUUCAUAAAACAUAUUCCCCUACCGACCUACAUCCCUCCGAACGCCCCCUACAACACGGCCUCUAGAGUUCCAGACUUUUUUGUCAAACCAGAACUUGUGACGUCCGUUCAGGCUGUCUGCUUUGUGAAUCAACACAACAGCUACAGCAGCCACAGUAGCCAGAGCAGCGGUAGUGCCAAACGAUCGUCAGUGGUCGGUCUGCAAGUCAAAUGUUUUGACUUUGUCAAUCUUUCAGUCUAUUGUGGCCAUUUCAACUUGAACGAAACUAAACUGCUGGGUUCUCCGGGAAAAGGAAUGAAGAAAGAAAAUGUCGGCAAGCCAGGCCCCUUACUCUGGCACAUAUUCAACCCGAGUGACUUCAACACGAUCAAAUCUUUUCUUGAUCAGUGUGAAUCUAAUCAGUCGAGUUCGCGAGUGCCGGGGACGAACAGCAGCCAAUCGAACGGCGCGCCAGCUGACUCCUCACUCUUAUUGGAUGGCUCCUAUUAUCUCGACGAUUCAAAACUCUUGCAGUUGAAGCAGAAAUUUAAAGUUGAACCCGUGACCAUCGUUCAAAAAUUGGGAGAUGCUAUAUGUGUCCCUGCCAUGUCUGUUUUUCAGGUGAAGACAGCGUGCAACUAUGUAUCAGUGAGCAGAGAUUUCUUGAGUCCAGAGAGUGCUCGAGUCGUCUUCAAGUGGAUGAAUGAGCACAAGAAAUUAGUUUCUUCUCUGGGUUUUGAAGACCACAUACAAAACAUCAUCUACCAUUCCACAAAGGAGUGCUUGACAGUACUGCGUCAGUGAACCAACCAACCAGCCAGCCAGCCAGCCAACUAUCCUUUCAUCUCUCCAUCUCUCAACCUCAUUCAUUCAUUUGUUCGUUCGUUCAUUCAUUCAUUCAUUCAUUCGUUCGUUCGUUCGUUUAUCCAUUCAUUCAUAUUCGUCAAUUGGUCGUUUGCUAUUUGUGGCUUUUUGUUAUAUUACAGUCGGCAUUACUUGUUUUAAAAUGUUAGCAUGAAUAAAUAAACAUACGGCUUGUAAAUUGUUAAACUGUAGCAUUACUUCCUCAUCUUCUCCUUCUUCUUCCUCUUUCCACUAUUGUCACACAUAGUUCAACUUGUUUUAUUAUGUGCUCUUGAAUGUAUAUAGAAAGAAGAUGAUGUGGUUGA